GUGUGCUGUGGUGGCAGCUCUCCAGCCGAGGCCGAGCGUGGCGUUGGGUUGCCCCGUUGGAGUGGAGCGGCACCAUGGACUGAGGCCCUGUGCUGAGCUGGGGAGCAAGGAGGUGCCCUGCAUGGCUGGAGAUGUGUGGUGGGUGCUGAGGCCCCUGCUGUGUAGAGGUGUCUCCUGGUGAAGAUGGACAGCAGCGGGGCAGGUCUUAGCCCCGAGGGCCUGCCCCCGGGAGCUGUGAUGGGCGGUGUGGCCCAUGGAGUGUGGAGAUGGCUCUCAGGGACUAAGUAGUUCGCUAGGUAAGUGAGUGGGUUGGCCAGUCCUGUGCUGCCGGCCCUGGCUGGGGCGGGGGGCCCGGUGGAGCCCCCCAGGGGUGCUCGGGGGAGCUGCUCCCAGCAGAGCCUAUGGAGUGCGACUGAGGCACCCUGGACUCAGCUGCCCACUCACUGACGUACCUGCUGACCUGCUUGGGACUUAGCCUGGCGGGUCUGGCUGCCCUGGAGCUGGGGCUCCUGCCUGGCCAGGGCCUGGGGCGGCUCCCCCUGUGGGCAGAGCCUGGCAGAGCUGGAUGGGGCUCUUAGCUGCUGCUCGGCCUGGUGGAGGAGAGCCCCGGGCCCUGGCCGGGGUCCUGGCGGGGCUGAGAGCUCCCAGCCGGGGCCUGGCCUCCCUGGUGGGCCUGGGCCAGAGCUCCGGGGAGCAGGCCCUGGGACCAGGGGCUGGCAGCAGAGGCCUGGCCCAGGGACGGGGCCCCAGGGCUGGGGAGCCCUGGGUGCAGGGCCUGCGGGGGGGAGAAGGGGGCCUUACCUGGAGGAGAAGCAGGGGCCCCCGGGGCCCGGCGCGGCCCAGGAGGGCUGCCCCGAGUCGGGCAGCAUGUCGGGCCCCGGCCCCGCGGCCUGCCCCCGCGAACUGCCACGCUAACUGCCCCGUUUGCUCGUCCCCGUUCGCUACGCUCCCGCGGUCGCUUGGCCCCGGCCCUUCUUGGGCUUCCUGCCGCCGGGGGGGGCCAAUCACGGCACCCCGGACCCCACGCCACUCAGGGCCCUGGGCCGCCUCUCCUCCCACCUGGCCCCCCACGGGAGACGGGGCCCCAAGAGCCCCCAUUGGCCCUCCUAGCCACCUCUCCAUCUACCAGCUACCUAUCUCCCUGUCUGCCCAUCUCCACCACUGCUGCAGACUGGGCCUAGAGCCCCAUUGGCCGGGCAGCCCCCACCAGGAGCAGGCAGGACCCCAUGCACUGCCAGCACCCACCCAUCCACCUCUCUUCUCUCCAUCUAUCCAUCUACCCACCACUCCACCAACCACUCCUCACCCUCUCACUCCAUCCAGCCAUCAACCAUCUCCUCCUCACAACCAGCCACUUCCCAGCACCAAUCCAGCUACCCAUCCACCUUCCCAUGGAUCUGCCUGCCUCUGCAUCCGCCUCUCUAUCCUGCUACCCUCCUGCCCACCUACCUCACACCCACACCUACCCAACAAACUACCACACUACCUACCUACCUACCUACCCACCUGCCUGCCUCUCCCCAGGGCCACCCUGCCAGGACACAGGGAGCCACACUGCAGCCCCCCACCCACCACCCCAGACUGACCAACUGCCUGACAGACUGCCCCCCGGCACACUCUCCCACACAUCCUUCUCCCUCUCUCUCCUUCUCUC